UUGAGCUCUAUAUAUCUUGUAGAGUGCAGUCUCAAGAACCAUAACUAUCAUGGACCUUGCAGCUGUGGAAAAAGACGUGCUCAUUGAAGGUAAGGUGGACUGGAAAGGAAGAGUUGCAGAAAAGAAUAAGCAUGGAGGCAUGCGAGCGGCAUUCUUCAUACUAGCAACCUUUGCAUUUGAAAACAUGGCAACGUUUGCGCUGUCAGUGAGCUUCGCAACAUACUUUAAUGAGAUAAUGCAUUAUGAUCUACCGGACGCAGCAAACCAUGUAACAAAUUACUUGGGCACCAAUUAUAUGCUUUCAAUCGUCAUGGCUUGUCUUGCUGAUUCCUACUUGGGUCGUUUUAGAACUGUUCUCAUUGCUGCCUUUGUAGAAUGUGUGGCGCUAGGAUUGCUGACAUUCCAAGCUCACUAUCCAGAUCUCAAACCACCUAUUUGUAACAUUUUUAUACCAACAUCACACUGUGAGAAAGUGAGCGGAAGAAAUGAGGCGCUAUUAUUGACUACAAUCUACUUGCUGGCUGUUGGGGGCGCGGGUGUAAAAGCAGCAUUGCCAGCACAUGGAGCAGACCAAUUUGAGGCAAAGGAUCCGAAAGAGGCUACACAAAUGUCAACUUUUUUCAAUUAUUUGUUAUUAAGCCUUGCGUUAGGCGCUUUGAUUGGCUUUACAUUUUUUGUUUGGGUGCAAGACAACAAAGGUUUUGACAAGGGAUUUGGACUUUCGUUGAUAGCCAUGUUCUUGGGUGCGGUCAUGUUUAUUUUAGGAUUACCGUUGUAUCGUAUCUAUGUUGUGCAAGGAAGUAGUGCAAUUACAGAUAUUAUACAGGUUUACGUAGCAGCUAUUAGAAACAGGAACCUUCAACUUCCCAAGGAUCCUUCUGAAUUACAUGAGAUCCCAUUAGACAAAGAAGCUGCAAUUCACCAAGAAUUUUUACCUCAUAGAGAUGUCCACAGGUGGCUUGACAAAGCAGCAAUCCGAGCCAAUAAUGAUGAAUCUCCAAGUCCAUGGAAACUUUGUAGGGUAACACAAGUGGAAAAUGCAAAAAUCUUACUAGCAAUGCUUCCAAUUUUCUUGUGUAGCAUUAUCAUGACACUUUGCUUAGCCCAACUUCAGACAUUUUCAAUUCAACAAGGAGUCACCAUGGAUAUUAAACUCUCAGACUCUUUCAACAUGCCACCUGCGUCCCUUCCGUUUAUUCCUAUAUCCUUCAUGAUCAUUCUAAUCCCAAUUUAUGACCGAAUAUUUGUACCUGCAAUGCGUAAAGUUACUGGCAUACCCACUGGAAUCACUCACUUACAAAGAGUGGGAGUGGGUCUUCUUCUCUCUUCAUUAUCAAUGGCAAUUGCCGGUAUAAUGGAAAUAAAACGUAAAAACGUCGCUAAGGACCACAAUAUGCUAGACGCUAUCCCUGUGCUUCAACCGUUGCCCAUUAGUGUCUUCUGGUUAUCGUUCCAGUAUUUUGUGUUCGGUAUAGCUGAGAUGUUCACGUAUGUGGGUUUACUAGAGUUUUUCUAUUCACAAGCACCAAAAUCUAUCAAAUCGAUCUCUUCUUGCUUUCUUUGGUGCGCAAUGGCACUUGGAUAUUUCAUGAGUAGUGUAAUGGUGAAGAUAGUGAACCAUGCAACAAAAGGGGUUACGAAAAGCAAAGGAUGGUUGGCUGGAAACAACAUAAAUCGUAAUCAUUUGGAUAACUUUUACUGGCUCCUUUCGAUAUUGAGUUUGAUCAAUUUCACAGUUUAUCUAUUUGUUUCAAUGAGGUACAAGUAUAGGCCACAAAGUCUUGAUGUUGAUAAUGAAAGUGAGGUACAUGAGUUGAAGGAAUUGAACAAUCCAACUACAGAGAAUCAGUAACGUAUGAAAUGUUGAGACCUCUGCAUAUUAGAGUCCCCAAGUUUGAGUGUCUACUUUUUUUUUUCUUUUUUUUCUUUUUUUAUGGUUAUAAGUUAUCUGAUUUUCUUUUUAAUUAGGCUUUUGAUCUUAUUGUGUAGGAUUGUGUCUUAAGUUAUUGUUUAUUAAUUAAUGGGUUGCUUAGUUGAUUAAUGAACUACUAAGCAACUUUUGAAUUCUGUAAGAAACAAAGCACGGGAGGAUGACAAUAAAUAUAAGUGUGGCAAGACUUGUGUAUUUGGUUAGUCCAAUAGUUUUAAUUGUAGUAGUUGGUAUUAGGCACCACUGAAGUUGGACUUCAAGUCUUCAACAGGUGUAGAGCUUUGUGCAAACUUCAAAAUGCAUAGUGAUUUUGGUUGAGAAAA